AUGGCUCCUCGUGAUAAGAAACCUAACAAGUCCUGCGAUGAUGAUGAUUUGCAGAGGAAGAAGAAACAGAAUUUUUUCAAACAGAGAUUUCCUGGUUUUAAGAAGAAAGCAACAGAGCUUUCUGUUCUCUGCGGUAACUCUGUUGGUUUCAUCUGUUACGGUCCCGACAACGAUCUCCAUGUUUGGCCUCAACCUCAAGAUCAUAACCCACAAACCCUAACACAAAUCGUGGCCAAGUUCAAUGCGUUGAGUGAUCACAAGAGGAAGCAUCACGCCUGCGAUCUCUACGACUUCCCUAAUCUCAAGGGUUUGUCCGGAGACCAGUUGAGGAACCAUCUCGUUAACCUUGACUCUCACUUAGUUGGAGUCAAGCAACACAAGAUAAGUAUAAUGAAACGAAAUUUGAAGAAGCCCAAGGAAAAGGAGACGGAAGAUGAUCAUGUUAAGGUUUCAAACAACGCCACCAUCUCAAACUGCAAGGUGGCUUCGUUGGAAGAUGGACUAGGGUUUGGUGACGAGUUGGGAUACGUCUUCCGUGGCUCCCAAGAAACAGUGUCCAACAUUGUAUCUUCUACUGCUUCCAAUAAAGUUUCCAGGGAUGUUUGUGUUUCAGAUUCUUCUCUUCUUGAUCCAUUCACAUUAGGGUUUUCCGGCCAUGAUUAUUUCCUGGCGGAUUCAAUGGCGGUCACAGAUAAUUGGGAGGUCUGUGCCAACAAUGGUGUUUGGGAUCCUUCUUGGCUAGAUUUUGAUUUUUCGUCAACACUCUUUACUGAUGAUUGGACUGUUUCUGGCUACAAUCCACUUUUGGCAGCUACUGAUUCUUUUACUUACGAAACGCCGGUCACAGAUAAUUUAGGCUCUGUCUUCUAGUUCUAGAUUAUGAGGGCACUGAUAACUACUGAGCAAUGUAAUUCAACUUAUAUUCUCAGUGAUCGAUUAUUAUCGUAUGAUUCGU